AAUGGCAGUGUUGUCCCUCACUCCCUUCUCAACCUUUACCAUAUCCUCUCUCCUAUGGACUCUACUCUUUUCUUUCUGACACUCACAAUUUCUGUGAGUUCAGUCCCAUGGUUGGUGUUGGCCACAGCCACAAGCUGUGAUUUUCCGGCCAUAUUCAACUUCGGAGACUCAAAUUCCGACACGGGUGGCUUGUCAGCAGUCUACGGCCAGGCCCCUCCGCCCAAUGGGGAGACAUUUUUCCACAAGCCCGCCGGACGAUACUCUGACGGCCGUCUCGUGAUCGAUUUCAUGGCGGAGAGAUUGGGACUACCGUACUUGAGCGCCUACCUUGAUGCGGUGGGCUCCAACUUCACCCAUGGGGCCAACUUUGCUACCGCAGGCUCCACCAUUAGGCCCCAGAAUACAACCUUUCAGCAAACUGGCUACAGCCCUAUUUCCUUAAAUAUUCAAUUCUACGAGUUCAACGACUUUCAUCGUAGGUCACAGACUUACCGGAACCAAGGAGUUUUCGAGAAACUCUUGCCAAAGGAGGAGUUUUUCUCCCGUGCUUUGUACACCUUUGAUAUUGGCCAGAAUGAUCUCACGGCUGGUUACUUCCUCAACAUGUCUGGUGAUCAAGUUAGAGCCUACGUUCCUGAUCUAAUGAACCAGUUCAAAACUAUCAUUCAGUACGUGUACGAUCAAGGAGGUCGAUCAUUCUGGAUACACAAUACAGGUCCCGUUGCCUGUCUACCGUAUAUCCUGGACCGCCUACCAAUCACAGCUGGACAAGUGGACCACAUCGGUUGCGUGGGUCCAGUCAAUGACGUGGCCAAAUACUUCAACACUAAAUUAAAUGAAACCGUGGUGGAACUCAGAAAGCAGUUCCCACUGGCUGCAAUCACCUACGUUGACGUGUACUCAGUAAAAUACACCCUCAUCAGCAAAGCAAAGGAACUUGGAUUUGUGGAACCACUGAAAGCUUGUUGUGGGCCUGGUGGCAAAUACAACUACAACGUGAAGGUGGGUUGUGGGUGGAAGGGAGUGGUAGACGGCAGAGAAGUUGAGGGGACAUCAUGCAAAGAUCCAACGGUCAAAAUUAACUGGGACGGGAUCCACUACACGGAGGCUGCCAACAAGUGGGUCUUUGAUCAGAUUGUGGGCGGGGCAUUCUCGGACCCACCUGUUCCACUAGCAAUGGCCUGUCAUAGGCAAUAGGCAAUAACUCAAGUGUCGUGCACCGUCUCACUCCCUCGUUAUGAAAAAUUUGAAUAUCACAACACUCUUCAAGAAUAAUAGUGUCGGUAACACAUUAAGGGCUUCUUAUUACGAAAAGAGCGGUAUCAAAUAAAAAAUUUAUAUAUUGUUACCUUCA